GACACUUCCGCAACAAGAAAGUGAAACAGAGGAACAUUUAAGUGCAGUUUAAUUUGCGAAGGACGACGGUUUACCCACAGAUAUUAGGAUACUAGAUUAAAAGCACGGAUAUAAACGAUCAAAAUGGAUCCAGGAAGUAAAGUUUCAAACAUCGGCGAAUAUUGGCCCUAUAUCGGAAUAUCAGCUUUUAAAACGGACAAACAACUUUUAAAACCAGCAAGCAACCAGAUUCAGAACCAAAUGUCAGGCUUCGAUCGCCAAGGCUCGUUACCGUCCACGCCCGACUCUGACUGCGACGAAAUCGACAACUACACGUCGUCCAAAGCAGACCUGGAUAUGGACACGCGAGAAAUUAUUGACAGUUUCUUAAAGCAAUUUUCUGGACUCUCUCACUCAAGAUGUGCGAAAAAACAAGUCUUGUCAACGAUGAAGAGGGUUGUGGACAAUCUUGUUGUGAAACAUGAAAAAGCUUAUAACGGUAUGAUUUCACGGAUCGACCUGGACCAGACAGACGAUAUGAGCGUCGUUACGACGGUGGCGACGGAGCUCUUCAGUGACGGCAUCACGAACUGGGGUCGUAUUGCCAGCCUGCUGGCAUUUGGGGCUGUGCUGUGCAAACACCUGAAUGCUAGUGGACGGAGUGAGUGUGUGAGUCUGGUGGGGGAACAAAUGUCCGCCUAUCUUCUGUCAAAGCAGAUGGACUGGCUGCUCAAAAACAACGCAUGGGAUGGCUUUGUGGAUUUUUUUCAUGUCCCGGACACAGAAGCAGCAGUGAGGAAUACAUUGAUGGCCAUCGGUAGUGUGGCUACUUUUGGUGCUGCACUUGCUUAUUGGAUACGGUGAUUCCAUUUAGUUUUUCGUGGAAAAACCCAACGGGAUUAAGGACACUAGAGAACUUUUUUCUGUACAUAAGAUCUGAUUCAAAGUUAUUUUAUUACAACACAGAGACUAUUUUUUUAUGACAAAAUAAAGUUGUAAAUAAGCAGAUCUUAUUUCUUGACCAGCCAAUACCUUACACUUUUUCUUAGGAUCUGUUUGCUGUUUACACUAGCUUAUUUAACUAGUAACCAUCUUUUUAGUGAUAUACCUAAUGUUACUACUGGCAGCAUUCUUCUGAAACGUAAAUGUGUAAUUGGCUCUAUUACUUUGAUCAAAUUUAUUUUCUGUUGAUAAAUUAUUUUCUGUCAUUAUAAAUUAUUAAUAGUUGAGGUGCUGUCAUCUGCUGUAUCGAGCUGAUAAUCAGAUCUUGUUUUACAAGGUUUAUUAUCUGAAGGUGGUGGAUUUGUUUAAGUCAUACUUUGUUUUUAAAUCUAUGACUAUGAUAACAGGCGCCAUGGCUGCUAAACAUUUUUUAGGAGAUUGACAUUUUGUUAACUUUUUGUUCAACUGUUGAGCAAAUUAAAUCAUUGCACAUGUCUGUUGCAUUUGAAAUCUUA